UUGAAGUUUUCGGCGACACCCUAAUUGAGAAAUUGAGAAUAACCAACAAAUAUGGACCAAGAAGAAAUCGACAAAGAACAGCUUCUUCAGUAUCUUCGGGGAGAAAUUCCUUUUGAGAAGUGGGUUCAGGGGCAACAGAUGCUUGAACAAGAGGGUCAGUUUACUCUGAACUUUGAUGUACCUCAACCAUCUCAAACACAAGAGAAGCAAGAUGAAGAAGAUGAGGAUGAUGAUGAAGAGGAGGAUGAAGGAGGAAGCGAUGACGGCAAGACAGAAGAAGCCGGACCUAGCACAGAUCCUGAUCCAUCCUUCCCCAGGUUAGAGAGUAGCGCUGGAGAUGAAGAGGAAAACGUACGGGACAUUACAGGAUUUGAUGCUAUGAACGUAGAGAUCCAGAUCAUGCGUGGACUACGCAGACGCAAGUGUCGCGUCCCUCCCGCGGAGCUCCACAAGCACCGUCGACGUCGUACCAGGGUUCCUAAGAACCUACGAGGCUUGAUGGGUCAGGCUCAUCUCUGCUUUGCACGCAAAGAGCAUGACCAAGCUACUAAGAUGUGUAUGGAGAUCAUACGUCAAGCCCCCAGGAGCGUGGAGCCCUUCCAGCUCCUUGGUAUGAUCUAUGAGGACCUGGGAGACAUGGAGAAGUCUAUGCAGUUUCAACUGAUUGCAGCCCAUAUCUCACCAAGAGAUACAGAGCAAUGGCAGCAGCUUGCUGAUGUGUGCUUAGAGAGAGAUGACCUGGAGAAAGCUGUCUAUUGCUAUACUAAAGUACUGAAAUUCAACAACCAUCACAUCCCCACUCUCCAUGCCCGCGCUGGUCUGUAUAUCAGACUAGGAGAGAACAAGAAGGCCAUGGAGUCCUAUCAUACCAUCAUCAAGCAUCUUCCUCAAGAUGAAUGGCACCAGGGUAUACAGGUGGCUAGGGAACUAGUCCAGAGGUGCCAUAACUUGGGGGAAGUGAAUCUUGCUAUAGAGGCCAUGGAGACAUUGGUGAAGAGGUUUCCAGACCAUAUCAGCUCAGAAGAGGUAAAUACCAUAGCUGAGUUGUACAUCUCCAGUCGUCAGUACCAGCGUGCUAUACAGGUCAUGUGUGAUCACUGUGGGGUCAGAGUAGAGCUCGGCAAAGUAGAGCCGUCAAGAGCAGAACCAGAAGCAGUGAAUGUCCACAUUCCCGAUGGUCUUCCUAUUGACCUGAGGGUCAAGCUAGCCAUCUGCCUCAUCCACUCCAGACAUCUCACUCCGGUAGCCAUGGUAACCCAACCUCUCUUCUCUGAGGAUCCCGAGGAGAUGGGAGACUUGUAUCUGGAUGUAGCAGAGGCUUAUAUAGAGAUUAAUGAUUACGAAGCAGCCAAGCCGAUACUAGCAGCUCUUGUUGCAGCCAAGAAUUACAAUUUGCCUGCAGUGUGGUUGCGAUAUGCCGAGUGUUUGAACUCCUUAGGUGAGCUAGCAGAGUCCAGCAGGGCAUACAGUGAGGUUCUGAAGCAAGCACCUAGACACCUAGAUGCUAGGUUAGCCCUAGCAGCCAUUGAACAGCAGCUGGGAAGAGCAGAGUCAGCGCUACAGACACUUACUCUUGAUCCAGUAGAGCAGGAUGAUGAUCAGGCUCUCUCCAAGCAAGACAUUCAGCUUCUCUUCAGACAGAGUACACUGAUGCACACACAAGGACACCUUCAAGAGUUCGUGGAGAAAGGACUCAAUCUUCUCUCAAAAUACAUCCAGAAGGACCAAGAAGAUUAUGCAAACUACAGCGUGAUCACUAAAGGGGAGUGGUUUAGUUUGAUUCAGAAGAGUUGUCAGUCAUUAGGCGAGAUGAAGAGGUUUGGUGAGGCGUGCAGGCUCCUCCAAGAUACCCUCAAGUCUAACGUCUUUGAGAAGGAAACAGAUAAGCCAAGGAAACUGAAAUUCAUGCUGGUUUGUGCGUCCUACCUUCAUAACAACUUUGAAGAAGCUUUCUUCUACAUCAGGGAGUUUGUCAACAAGUGGGGUGAGAAGACAAAUCUAAUGAACCUUUUUAGCUUGAUUGUAACCAACACUAUGGGACCAAGACAUCAUAAGUUCUGCCUCAGGCUGACUAUAAGGUUGUACCCUGAUAGUACUGCCCUGUCUAUCAUCAAUGGACAUAAUGCGUUGCAGACUAGCAGCUAUAAACAUGCUAUAGGAGAGUAUGUGAGAGCAUAUUAUCACGACCCUUCUAAUCCUUUCCUGCUGCUGUGUGUUGGUGUUAGCUUGUUUGCCCUUGCAACGCAGAGGUUCACCGUCAACAAGGACUCCAUCAUUACACAGGGGUUUUCAUGUCUUCGCUCCUAUCAGAAGCUAAGAGGAGAUACGCAAGAAUCCAACUAUAACAUUGGAAGAGCAUUACAACAAGUUUCUAUUGACCACCUAGCAGUCCACUACUAUCACAAGGCUCUCAGUCUACCUUCCAUCAUUCCUCAUGAUGAUAGAUUUGACCUUCAACCUCAGAUAGCCUUCAACCUCUCCCUCAUCUAUAGGGGCAGUGGAAACCCUGAAAUGGCUCAGGAGCUAUUAGAGACUUACUGUGUCAUAUGAAUAAUAAUAAUAAUAAAACUCAGUUUUUAUAUAGCGCUUAUUAGAAUAAUUAAGUGCUUCCAAAUUUGGAGAUUAUUACCUCGGCUUUAGCUGUGCUGCCAUUGCGGUGCUCUAGCAUUUCAAAGAAUUAAUUCCUGCCCGGUACCCAUUUACAUCACCUUGGUUAAGUGAGUGAGUGACAGGGGUUUUAACCCAAAGAGAAGGUUGAGUUUGGGUAGAAAUGGAAAAUAAUUUGUGUGCUUUCUCAUUCUUUGUAAGUCAUUUUGGAAGAUUACCAUGAGAGUAAAAACAUGUUGAGAUGGGGUGAUACCUGGGGGGGGGGGGGGGG